AUGGGGCAGGGUGGACCCCAGAGAGAAGGCUUAAACCAGCUCCAGGAGCAUCCAAAAUACUGUCACCCCAGUGACUGUUGGUUCAAUAGCUUCAACAAUGACAUCAUGUUGCUUCACCUCAAAUACCCUCUGGAGAUCUCAAAUGGAGUGGAAAUCAUACCACUGCCAACCACGGGGCCACGAACAGGAAGCUCGUGUAUUCUAUCAUCUUGGGAUGCAUUCAAGCCACCAAGAGAACCAAAUCCACUCACCUGCGCAAAAUUCAAAAUCCUGCCUGACGAGGAAUGCAAAAAACCUGAACGUGUAACAGAGACCAUGUUCUGUGCUGCAGAUGAAGAUUACGAUCAAGAACACAGCUGCUGGGACAUCGACCUCAUGUUCCUCACUAGUCUCUAA